UACCUUUACUGUCUGUAUUGUGAGUUUAAAUACUUUAAAAUUGUUUUUUUAUACUUGCAAAUAGACUGAACAAGAAUAAAAUAAUAUUAUACAACUGAAUUUUGAAUAAAUAUUGCGUUUUUUAUCAAAGUACGGCGAUACGAAAAUACCCUAGUGCAUCACUUUUUAAAUUGGGGAAGUACCAAUCCAAGAGACUUCUAGAAUUGCUACAGCGUUGCAUCAGCGUGUAGUUACUAUAGGACUUCUAGUGCAAAUUGCAGUAGUUUAUUUUCACCCUAAAACGCAAAUAAUUAAAUACCAAAAUGGCCGGGAAAGUUUUUAGAAGCUUUAUGCCUUUAUUUGACCGAGUUUUGGUUCAGCGUUUCGCCCCAGAAACUACCACGAAAGGCGGGAUAGUACUGCCCGAGAAAAGCGCCGGCAAAGUCCUUCGCGCAACUGUAGUAGCUACCGGUCCUGGUGUUGAAGAUAAAGACGGAAAAUUGAAGCCGGUAACUGUCGGGCCUGGGGAUGAAGUUUUGCUCCCAGAAUACGGAGGAACAAAAGUGACGCUCGGGGAUGAAGAAUUUCAUCUUUUCCGUGACGGAGAUAUCUUGGGAAAAUUUUCAAACUGAAAACACUAUUUGCUCUAAAAAAUCGCGUGCUUAACCAAAUCUUUCUGCUCAAAACCUGCCAAUUUCAGACCUAAAGUCAUUUGCGGAAUUAUUUAUAAUUUCAGUGUUGUUUGGCUUUUUCCAUUUCUUCAUAGUACCAAAACUGCAGUGUAUGUUUAUAUAAUUACACUAUGAUCUAAUAAAAUCGUGUUUGGUGUAUUGUGAACUUCAUGCAUACUUUACGACAACUGCAAUUUAAAUAAACUGGAUGUUUUCUACUUAGA